CCAACACAUGGUUGGAGAUGCCCUAAGCGAACCCACCCCUUGCGUUCCGUCCAGCGAGCGGGAAAAUCCCAAAUUCCAAUCACCCUCACUGAGUGGGAAACCCGAAACAGACUGCUCCACAGCGCGACUCUGCUGUCUACGUUGAGAUAACAAUGAGAGGCGCAUCAAUUCCCAACCGCCGUGGUCCUCCACGACGAGAGUCCUUUAACCCACCAGACUCGCACUACCGUCAAUUUGCCAACACCUCUCGCGAUUCCGAUGCAAGCUUCGCUAGUAGCCGCCCCUCCUCCGUCGGCAUGGGUGCCCGUCCCUCCACCGAACUAUACACCGACCGUUCCCACCAGCAGUCUGCCAUUCGCGCCAUCAACGCCUAUCUCGCUUCCCGCUCCUUCCCUCUAUCUCUCAAGCCUCACCAAGCCCCAUCCGUCAAGGAAAUCACAGAGGCCCUCAAGUUCGUCAUUUCGCGUCUGGAUUUCUCUCCGUCGUCGAAGCUGGAGGAUGAUCUCUCAGUUAUCUUGAAAUCUUUGAAUUGCCCCUUUAAAUUCAACAAAUCCACUCUCCGUGCCCCCAAUACUCCUCACAAUUGGCCAACCUAUUUAGCCCUAAUCCACUGGUUGGUUCAGAUCGCCAUGUACAACGAGCAUUUGAUGUCAAGUUCGCAGUCAUUCGUUGAGAACAACAGUAUGUACAUGUACGCAUUGCGUUCUUACUUGCAUUUCAUACGUGGUGAUGACGAUGCAGAGGAGGCCUUGAAUCAGGAAUUUCUGGAGAAGUUGGAGAAGGAGAGGGACAGUGUGGCUGAGAGCAUUAAGACUUUGGAGAGGAAUGCUGGAGAACUUGCAGCAAAGGCUGAGUCAUUGAGGACGGGGCCUACUGAGAAGGAGGAGCUGGAGAAGCAGAGGAGCGUGUUAGAGGAGGACGUGAAGAAGUUCUACUUAAUGAUCGAAGGCUACAACGAGAAGAUCGGAGCCAUGGAGAAGGGUCUGGAGGAAAAGGAGAAGGAGCUGAGCACUAAAGAGGAGGAAAAGAGGAGGAUUUGCGAUGAGAAUGAUGAACUUAAGAAGAGAGUGGAGUUGCAGACGUUUAAUGCCAGAGACAUGGAGAGGAUGAAGAGAGAGUUGCAGGCUGUGGAGAGGGAUAUUGGGGAGACAGAGGCAGCACGAAAUGCCUGGGAGGAGAAGUCUUGGGAGCUUGAUGUGACAAUAGGCCAAAAAUUUAAGGAGCUCGAGGCACUGUCCAUGGAGUGCAACCAGGCUAUUAGGAGAUUAAAGAUUGCCGGUAAUUUACAGUAUGUGCUAAAUGCCAAAGGGUCUAACCCUACUGAAGUGAUGGGCGUCGACUACAAAUCAGCUCUCAAACCUGCAUUCGAGUCCUUUGCUGAUGAUCUAAAGAAAAGCUCGAUGGCGAGACUGGAAGAGUCGAUUUCCCUACAGCAACAGUCAUCUGAAAUGACUGCUAAGAUAGAGGGGAAAAGAAACCAGAUUGCAGCACUUCAAUCUCAUGUUGAUGAGGUGGAAACUAAGUUGAAUUUUUUGAGGAAAGAAACAGAGGAGUACGUUUACAGAUGUGCUGCAGAAGCUAAGAAGAUGAGGGAAGACGUUCAAAAUGAUGCUAAUGAUAUGGAUGCUGUUGAAAGAGAAGCAGCUGAAUUUCCGAAGGCUUCCAAAACGAAGUUGGAGGAAACAACCAAGCAAGUUGAAGAAGAAAUUCAGAAGCGUGCUGGUGAACUCUUUGCACUGGUUGACUCGGUCUCAAAAUACAAGGAAUAUGUUGAGUCCAAAAUUUCAGAGAUGAAGAACAGUCUUUCAGAGACUGCUGUUGCAGUAUCAGAUACUUGUAAGGCUUCCAUGGCUGCACAACUUUGUAUCAACAAUGAAUGAGCCAUUAAUUCAAGUACAACAACAUCAGUGUGUUUUGUAGCAUUUUAAGUGAGUUUUCUGUUUCGUCUGCUUGUUUUUAUCAGUUGGUUAUUAUUGUUGUUGGUGGUGCUACUGGGGCCACUAGGAACUGUAAUGAGAUUUCAAUCUCUUUACCAUCGAGGCUGUCUCUAAUAAUUGGAGCCCGUUUGGUUUGCACCGUAAUACAAUGGUAAU